AUGAAUCUAAACAGCUAUUUAUCACCUCGUAUGAUGGUGGGAGCGGCUAUUGUCGGUCUUGUUGGUGCAGCUGGGGUUAUCAUAUAUGAACAAGUGUACGCUGAAAAGCGAAGAGCUAUGUUAGUAAGUGAAGUGGCAAGACUGGACCAACAGUUGGCAUCUAUGAGGACAGAGGUAGAAGCUUUGAGAGAAUUGCAGAAAGAGACGUAUGAAAAACAACAAAGUUCAUCGUUGCGUACGCGGAAUUUACGACGAGUUCGACAAAAACCUCGAGCCAAGCGCGAGGCGAUUGCCUCUGGCGGUGAUGCUACAGAUUCAGAAUAUUUCACUGAUUGCCAGUCUUUAAUUGGCACAGACAUUGAGAUGGACAGCGAAGAGUUUUACGACGUGCCGUCAGAUGAAGAAGAUACCCUUCGAGAACCACUUCAGAACGGUCAUGUUGCUGUUGAUAGUGAAAAUAAUACAAAAUCUGAUGAAACAAAAUCGUCAAAUGCUAGCACG